UAAAACUUCCGCAGUGGCAGGUACCCAUCGCUCCCUUCUUGCUUAAAUUUUGUUAUCUUCUUGUACGUAAUCCCGUACUGUGCAUCGACCAAGCUCCAUCUUACUUCCACCUUCGGCUAUCAUAGACGUCUGGUUGUAACUUGGAUACGUAAAGGAGAAGAAAAUAGGAGAAGAGGAAUGGAAGAUGCUGCUAGAAACGAUCUAACGCGGCGAUUCCGGGGAAAUCCAUCGGUGUCUACCUCCAACCCACAGCAGAAUGCUUCCGACGGCCCGCAAAUAGGUGGGCCCUACCACCACUUAGGCCCGCCUCUCGGCCCGGAGCCGUGCCGCCGGCCUGGCAUUCCCCCCGCCUCCCCCUUCUCCCAUUUCCUGACCUCCGCCGCUCGCUCGCCGCCGUCCCUCGCCGCCGGCGGCCCUUUCAACCACCCGCGGUCUCUCUCUCCGCCGGCCUUCUUCUCUCUCGACUCCGUGCCUCCGCUGAGCCCUCCGCCGUGCCGGGACUGCACGCCGACAACCUCGCUCUCCGACUCGGUAUCCGCCGACGUCUCCAUGGAGGACCACGAUGCCAGCUCCCGCUCCCCGCCGCUCCCCCCGAAGGCCGGCGGCGCCGCCUGGGCGGCACCGACCGGAGAUGGCCUGCUUCCCCCCAAGGCCCACCGCCGCUCGCAGAGCGAGAUCCCCUUCGCGUUCUUCCAGUCUUCACCAUCGCCGGCGACCUCUCCUCUGCCUCCGCCGGCGUCGGCGGAGGCGCCGCCACCGCAGAUGGUGAAGCUGGAGCCCAAUUGGGAUUGGUGUAUGAAUGCCGAGGCAGCCGGUGACAAGAAGCCAGAAGGGGAUUCAGGCGACGAUUUGUUCGAUGCUUAUUUGAAUCUGGAUAGUUUGGAUACGCUGGAUUCUUCCGAGGACAAGCGUGAGGAUUUGAAUAGCGGGGCUAGUGGAAGCAAGACGAAUGGCGAUAGCAGUGAGAACGAAGCUGAGAGCAGUGUGAAUGGUAGCGGUGUCAAAUUCCGGCCACAUCAUGGCCCGUCGGUGGAGAAGAGGGAAGGGACCAAGCGCAGUGCGGUGGGUGAUCCCGGCCCCAUCGGAAGCGGUAACCGGCAUUGCAGGAGCCUUUCGAUGGAUAGUUUCAUAGGCAAGUCCAACUUUGGGGAGGAGUCGCCGAAGCUGUCAACUUCCCCGGGAUUCUUGGCAGCUCAAACCCUGCAAGCCAAUUCAAAGGAUGGGGCAUCGAAUGUGUUUAGCUUGGAGUUUGGAAAGGGGGAGUUUAGUCCAGCUGAGAUGAAGAAGAUCAUGGCGAAUGAAAGGCUUGUGGAGAUGGCAUUGACGGAUCCGAAGCGUGUCAAGAGGAUUUUGGCAAACCGGCAGUCGGCUGCACGUUCUAAGGAACGCAAGAUGAAGUAUAUUGCAGAAUUGGAGCACAAGGUGCAGAUCUUGCAAACAGAGGCAACCACAUUAUCAGCACAGCUGACUUUGUUACAGGGGGACUCUGCUGGACUUUCAAGUCAGAACAAUGAGUUGAAGUUUCGGCUUCAAGCCAUGGAGCAACAGGCACAAUUAAGAGAUGCUUUGAAUGAGGCACUGACUGCGGAAGUUCGGCGACUGAAACUUGCUACUGGAGAGCUGGUUGAUGAUUGUGCUUUGAAUAACUUGAAUCAGCAACUUCCAAUCAACCCUCAGAUCUUUCACUUGCGCCAGCAGCAGCAGCAGCAACCUGUACAGUCCCCCCUCUACCAAUUGCAGCUGCAGCAGCAGCAGAACACUGCUGGCAAGAAUCAUGAAUCAGAAAAGUAACUUCAAGGCAUUAAAUAUAUAAGGCGGAAAUUGAUGAAAGCAUCAUCCAAGUGUUUAUGUCACCAUUUCAGGUAAAUGAAGUGAAAUUUCAUCGUUUGUUAAUCUGAUUUCUGGGAGGAGGUUGCAUGCAAAUUAUCCCAUAUAUAUAUAUAUAUAUAUAUUCCAGACAUGACUUUUUUUGUUUGUUAGAUUUAAAUAUGGAUAUGGGGUAUUGAAUUUUUUUUAUAUAUAUACUUUGUAAUUACAAUAUUUGCUUCAUUUGUCAUGGAUGAGAGGACUUAGAGAAAAAUGUUCUUCUGGAUGACAUUUUUUUAGUUAUGUAACUGUUUACCUUUCAACAAACCUGCAGUCUUUUCAGACUUGUUUUUUUUUUCCCUUGAGGUGCUUAGCCCACAACUGAAAUCUCUGCUUCAAGCUGUUAAAGGAAAUAUCAAAGUUUUAGCUUGCCGUUCGUGUAAGAAUUUCCCUGAAUAUGGCCUGUCCCUAAAGAGACACCGUAACGUGUACCUUAAAGAGUUCCCGCAUCUUACCAAAAAAAAAAAAAGUCCCCGCAUGCCUUCCAUGGAUGACCAGGUUGCCAAGGAUGAUGGCUUAUUAUUAUUGGCAAUUACUUUGUUGGCAAAGGCUGCCAUGCGUGAAAUGAUCAAUGCCGGAUGAAAAUAUAAUGGAUGAGGAUGCAGAGUAUAGUCUGGUGUUGGUUCCAUGCUUUACGUGUUGCUCUUUAGAUAAUGGUUGUUUGAUAAAAGUUCCAGAUCAAACUAGUGAUGCCUAUUUUGGUGACCUAACAUUUCGGUACUAUUAUGACAUUUUGUUGUCAACUUAUCUUUUUUUACUACGAUGAGAAUCUGUACAGAUAUAUAUUUAGUUCCCCAUCUGUUAUUUAUUGGAAAGAUCUUAACUACUUAUA